AUGACCAACAUUCGUAAGACCCAUCCCCUAACCAAGAUCAUCAACAACUCAUUCAUCGACCUACCCGCACCAUCAAACAUCUCAGCAUGAUGAAACUUCGGAUCCCUACUCGGAAUUUGCUUAAUCCUUCAGAUUCUUACAGGUUUAUUUUUAGCUAUACAUUAUACAUCAGACACAACCACAGCCUUCUCAUCAGUCGCCCAUAUCUGCCGAGACGUCAACUACGGCUGAAUUAUCCGGUACAUACAUGCAAACGGAGCAUCCAUAUUCUUUAUUUGCCUAUUCCUACAUGUAGGACGAGGAUUAUACUAUGGAUCUUACAUAUUUUCCGAAACAUGAAACAUUGGUAUUGUCUUACUAUUCACAGUUAUAGCAACAGCAUUCAUAGGUUACGUCUUACCAUGAGGACAAAUAUCCUUUUGAGGCGCAACCGUAAUUACUAACCUACUAUCAGCCAUCCCAUACAUCGGAACUAACCUUGUAGAAUGAAUCUGGGGUGGGUUCUCAGUAGACAAAGCUACCCUAACACGAUUCUUCGCCUUCCACUUUAUCCUGCCCUUCAUCAUUUCAGCACUGGCAAUAAUCCACCUCCUAUUCCUCCACGAGACAGGGUCUAACAACCCAUCCGGAAUCCCAUCCAACUCUGACAAAAUCCCAUUUCACCCCUACUAUACCAUCAAGGACAUCCUAGGCGCCCUAUCCCUAGUCCUAGCGCUGACAACGCUAGUGCUAUUCUCCCCCGACCUGCUAGGAGACCCCGACAACUAUAUCCCCGCCAACCCACUCAGUACACCACCCCAUAUCAAACCCGAAUGAUAUUUCCUAUUUGCAUAUGCAAUCCUACGGUCCAUCCCUAACAAACUAGGAGGAGUACUAGCCUUAAUCCUAUCCAUCCUAAUCCUAGCUAUCAUUCCCCUACUACACACCUCUAAACAACGAAGCAUGAUAUUCCGCCCACUCAGCCAAUGCCUGUUCUGACUAUUAGUAGCUGACCUCCUUACCCUAACCUGAAUUGGAGGCCAACCAGUAGAGCACCCAUUCGUCGUCAUCGGCCAAUUGGCCUCAAUUCUUUACUUUAUAAUUCUCCUAGUACUAAUACCAAUCACCAGCAUUAUCGAAAACAACCUAUUAAAAUGAAGA